CGGGACUGGCGCCUCAAAUUUAGGAGUCGGGAGCUGGCGUGGACGGAGGGAGAGACUAAGGCCAACGACCUGCUGGUUGAGGGGCUUUAAAGGCCCUGAGCGGAGGCAUUUUCUUUUUCUUUUUCUGGUGGUUGAGAGGCUUUAGAGGACUUGCGCGGAGACUCUUGUUGCUAGGCAACCUGAGGACGCCUGUCUGGAUUAGUGGAGCAUUUGCCUGUUGCUAUCCCCUUCCAGCUUGUGUUGUGUGAAACUGUCCGAAGAGUGUUCUCGGUCGUGUAACUCUCGCUUAUGCUUUUCCCAGCUCUGCCAUUCUGGUUCUGGGUUUACCCAGCUGGUUGGGCCUAGUCACCCUGACUAUCCUUCUGUCCCACCUUGAUGGUGAAUCCCAGAUAGGGAGAAGGUCGAGCGUUCAUUCUGCUUGGGUUUGCUUGCUGACCUCUCAUCAUCACGUAUACUGCAUAAAAAUACAUGAAUUUGAAUGGAUUUAGAGGUUAAAGGAGUUGCUGCUUCUCCUACAAGUCAAACACAGCCUUUCUCUGGAAAAAAGAAGCCAUUACAUGAAGGAUGGAAUUCCAAGUCACGGUUAUUCCACGAUCCUUUUCUACCUGUGGUCCCACCACUUGAUUUGGGAAGACUUGUUGACUCUGAUGAUGAGGAGCAGGAUACUAUACCUGAAAAUUUGUCAGCACCAACAGGCAAAUAUAAAAUGAAAUAUCAGCAAUGCAAAACUGAAAUGAUAGAGGGACAUAAGCAGUAUAGUCAAAGAAAUGCAGAAAAGGGGACACCAAGUAUCACACAUCAACAGUCUCUAAGAAACAAGACAGAUAACAAGUGUGUACAAGGUGAAGAAGCCAUCACUGAUGAUCUUACAAGUCUGGAUAGGAAAGCGCUCUUACAGCAGGGUUAUGCAGAGAGCCCUUACAAUGCACAGCGCAGUACAAGAAAAUCUCAUGCUGAAAUUGUGGCUGCAGAGAAGAAGAAACAGACUGUCGCAGAGCAAGUGAUGAUAGACUGCUUAUCUAGGGCUGUAAUCAGUGAUCCAGAUCAAAAUUUAAUCACUGAGAAACAAGAAAGUGAUUGUAUCCUCCCAGAUUCAAAGAUAGCACCUCUUCGUUUUAGAAAAAGAACUCUACACGAGACAAAAGUAAGAACUCAUUCUACAUUAACAGAAAAUAUGCUUUCUCAUAAAGUAGAAUUUGAUAGUAGGAUCAUAUCAAGAAAUGGGCGUGAUGCUUGCAGAGAGCUGAUGGGGUUCUUUUUUACUCAUGACCAGUCCCUUACAAUUUAUGAAUACCGGCAAUUUGGGAAAAAUAGAACAAAUGUGCUUCCCUUCAUUCAAAAAAACAUUUAUAGUCAUCAACAUGGACGAAGAAAAGGAAAACAAUACCAACUUGAUGAUUUUUAUAUUGGUGCAAAUUUGACAUUUUUGACUUCUGAGCAUCCCAGACUUUCAGAAAGCAUGAAAGAGAGAACAUUACUUACACUUCGGAUCACAAAUAUUGAUCAGACAGCUUUGGAUUUUCUCAAAACUGAUUCUGUAGAACAUGAGGAUGAUAUCACUAGUCAAGAGACCAAAGAUAGGCUAGUCUUCAAGACCAUUCAAGAUGUGCUAAAAGAACAGCUACAUAAAAGAGGCGUUCGUAUUUUGACUGGAUUGGGAAAAUACCUGCAACAGUUGGACAAAGAAGGAAAUGGACUUUUAGAUAAGGCAGAUUUUAAGCAAGCUCUAAAAAGGUUUCACUUAGAAGUGUCUGAAAAGGAUUUUGAAUCUCUAUGGCUAAUUCUAAAUGGCAAUGGCAAGGUUGAUUAUGGAGAAUUCAAACGUGCCAUUAUUGGUGAAAUGAAUGAAUAUAGGAAAUCAUUUGUUCGAAAGGCCUUUAUGAAACUGGAUUUCAACAAAACUGGCAGUGUGCCUAUUAUAGAAAUUAGAAAAUGUUACUGUGCAAAGACGCAUCCUCAAGUAAUUUCAGGCCAUUCUACAGAAGAAGAAAUUAAAUCAUCCUUUCUAGAGACAUUAAAAGACGCUUGCAGCAAGUCUGAUGAAGUGUCAUAUGGUGAAUUUGAAGAUUACUAUGAAGGCCUAAGUUUAGGGAUAGUAGAUGAUAAAGAUUUUGUUAAUAUUUUACGUACUCCUUGGGGGAUUUAGUUUUUAAAAAUGUUAAGUUAUCAACCUUUUAAAGGAGAGAUUAAUUGAAGGUAAAGUUUGAUCCAACAUUGCAAUAUAUUUUUCCAGGACUCCAGAUGUAGAGGUAUGUGUAUGUUCUUACACAUGUAUGAGUGUUUGCUUAUCUAUACGUUUAUAAAGAUCUUUUUGAUUUGUUACUUAUCUUGAGCAUGUUUUAUUUGAAUAUAUUUUAGAAGAUUCUUUAAAUUAAUCUUCAUAGGAAAGUUAUGUCUAUAUCAAGCUCUGCGAGACCAUCUGUAUAAUAAACAAGUUUCUUUUCCUUUGGUUUUUGCCACCAGUCCCUCAAAUGUAAUUGCCACUGUCACCAUUCUCAACUUGAUAAAUGGAAAUUGGGCCCAAAGCCUAUGAAAUGGAAAUAAUUCAGCCUGUUUCAAACAUGAAAAUGUUAAAGAAAUUGAGGUAUAUGCAAGAGAAUUUUCCAAACAGUGUGAUUAUAGAUAUUUUCUAUAACAUAAAUAUUUAGAAUAUCAAUGGCCAACCCCUAAAAUGCAUAAGCACUAACUUGUCUUUAUAAAUUCUUGCUUUCUAUAUUGUGUGCUGUUUGUGCAAUAGAGCUGUGCCCUAAAAUUAAUGCAUGUUAUUCUAGACAUCUUUUUGGUAUAUUAAAUGACUGAGACAUUUUCUUCUAAAUAGAUAUUAUUUAAUGUUUAGAUGUGCAUAAUCAUUCUUUGUAAUUUUUUCUGUUUCUUGCUUCUUUGUAAUAUAAGAGAAGAGAAAAAAAGAUUUAGAAUUGUUUUCAACUUCAUAAUUUUAAUUUUGGGUUAAGAUGCCAUAUUUGAAAAAAGUAGCAUUAAGAAAAUAAGAAAUGGUUCAAAAUGAAAAUAUGCACUUUGUAGAAUAUGACUUUGGCAUAUAAUGUUAUUCAUUUAUAGACUUGUCAAAAUUAUCAGAAAUGUGUAAACACAAUAAAUUAAAAGUAUUUGCGUAAAUAAGAAAAUGCACUAUUAAAAUAUCAGACAGAAAAUAUAAACAAAUAUUUUAGUGAUGUGAUGUUUCCAUUAGCUAAGUUCAUUAUUUCUUGGAUCUUUUCCUGAAUUAGUUAUUGAAAUUAAAAGCUGGAAGAUGUUUUGGCAGAAAUAAGUCUAAACUAUUAUCUGAGUCACACCCUUUUUCUUGAAAAAUUUCAUACAACUGUAGUCAUCUGAAAUCCUAAAAAUUGUUCUCAUGUUCAAAUGACUAAUAUUGUGUGUGCUGAGUAUGCGUAUAGUAUUUUUCAUUGAUAAAUUUUUAUUUAGUUCUCAUAACAGUCUACUAACAGUCUCAUAACAGUCUUAAUUUUCUGAUGAAUAGCAUUAGAACAUGUGUCAGUUAUCGUUAUAAAAAAGGGGGAGGAAAGUUCUUCCAGAAUGUGACAUAUUAAUAUUAAUAUGAUGGCAUGAUUUUAAACCUCUGCCUCCUAAAUAUUCAUUUGGUUUUUAUUAGAAAGUAUCUGUUUAUGAAAUGUAAGUUUUAAAGUUAAUUUUCUGUUGUUUGGCAUCAUAAUAUCCAUGUAGAGUUAGAAAAUAUGUAUUCAAUAUGAGGGUAUUUCGGGUAUAUUUUGUUAAAAUAUAAUGGGUGGCACAAUAAAUCAUUCUUUUGA